GAUACAAACGGACGUAACUAAUAACUUUACAUUUAUUUUAUGGAUGAGUGUAAUAUAAAAAUUAUACGCAACUGCCAAAAGAAUUUGAUAGUGAUUAAGUGCUUUUCUAAAUAUUUUAUUCACUAAAAGUUAGGAUCAUGCUGUCAUCACUAAAACCUGGUCAGUUCCCCCUGGAGGAGGAGUACAGGAAAGACACGGGCAUCACACCUGAUGACAUCACUCAACUUCGAACCUGGGUCAACACCCAGCCCCACCUGCCAGCUGACCACAUUACUGAUCUUGACCUAAUUCUGGCGUACCACUGCUGCAACAGGAGCUUCGCUGUGGCCAAAGAAGUGCUGGAUUUGAACCUCACGCUGAAGACACUUUUCACUAAUCUCUUCAAAGACAGGUGCUUGGACAAGCAAAGCAUCGGAUUCCAUGAGAGAUGUCUUUUCACACCUCUGGAGAUCCGGACGAAGACAGGUCAGACUGCGUUCUACGCGCGGCUGUUGGAUUAUGACCCGAAAAAUUUCCACUUCGCCAACGAGGUCAGAGCAUACCUGCUGACUACAGACGUCUGGCAGUACAAGGUGGGCACGUUCCCAGGAGUGGUGCUGCUCAUCGACCUGGACCGGAUCGCGUUCGGGCACCUGGCGAAGUUGGACCUGCAGACUAUGCAGCAGUUCCUGUACUUCUUGCAGGAAGGACUCCUCGCGAAACUCCAAGGACUCCAUUUCCUGAACGCGCCGUCAUUCAUGGACAAGCUGAUGAUGCUAAUCAAACCGUUCCUGAAGAAGGAACUGCUGGAAGUCCUGCACAUUCACCAGAUAGGGUCCAGGACUCUGGAGGAGUUCGUGCCGAUGGCUGGACUGCCGAAAGAAGCAGGGGGGGAAGGUAAAACCUUCAAUGAAUACAGAGAUGACAUCAUAGCAGUUCUAAAAGCGAAUGAAGACUACAUUUUAGCUGAAAACAAGAAGAGAGUUGUGGAGAGUAUGAGGCCAGGCAGGCCGAAGACGAUCACCGAUAUAUUCGGAGGAGUGGAAGGUUCCUUCAAGAAAUUGGAUAUUGAUUAAGGCUGAAGUUAUCUAUACUUAUAUUUUAAAGCUGAAGAGUUUGUCUGUUAGUUUGUUUAAACGCACUAAUCUCAGGAACUAAUGGUUCUAAUUGAAAAAUUAUUUUUGCGUUGAAUAGACCAUUUAUCGAGGAAGGGUUUAGGCUAUAUAACAUCACGCUGCAACUAUAAAUAAAUAAUGGAGAAUGUAAAAAAAAAACGGGGAAAAUUAUUCCUCCUUGAGAGAUUAAAUGAUGCCUAAAAUAAUUCCACGCGGACGAAGUCGCGGGCACAGCUAGUACAUAAAAAUUAUUAUCCUGUGGGAUGUGCGCCAUCUAGUUAUUACACACGUUCUUAAAAUUAAUGUUCACUCGUGAAGCAUGAGCGAGCAUGUUAACAUUAAAAGCAUGCUGUCCGCAUCAUUUAUCGAUUGUUAUAAUUAUUACCGCUAGAUGGCCACUAUCAGGUAUUCCACACGAAAAACCUUUGUUUUAGCUAUACAGCGGAAUUUGGACUUAGAUUGAAAAGAAAAAGUCCAACUACGGGAUAACAAAGUUUACUUCGGUAAAUUAUAUAUACAAACUCGCUCUUACUCGAGACUACAUGGGGUAGGUGGAGUGGUAGACUCCACCUACCCCAUAUAGUCUCUGCCUACCCCACCGGGAAAGAAGCGCAAGGAAUAGGGGUGAAUUUAAUAACGAUAUAGGUAGUUCUAUUAUGAUGAUACCCACGUAUUUAUCUAAAAAAAUAUUAGAUAAUUCGUAAAAAAAGAAACCUUAUCUACAAUUGCUGACCUCCAUAAUAAAUCAGAGUUAUCUAUAAAAAUUAUUUAAUAUCACUCAAUAAAAUUUAUUUAAUCAUAUCAUAUUGUCAGAUAGGAAAAUACUUGUGAAGUCUUCACAUUAUAAGAUAGUAAAAUACAUACAUAAUAUAUAAUCACGUCUAUAUCCCUUGUGGGGUAGACAGAGUCAGUCAGUCAUCAUAGUGAUAUACCUACAUAUUUCGACGGCCUCUACGCAGCGGUAGUACGCUUGUCUGUGACUGUGUGUGAGGUCCCGGGUUCGAAUCCCGGCCAGGGCAUGAUGAGAAAAGAACUUUUUCUGAAUGGCCUGGGUCUUGGAUGUUUAUCUAUUACAUAUAAGUAUUUAUUAUAAAAUAUAGUAUCUCUGCCUACCCCUCCGAGAAAUUGAUUUUUAUGUAAGUAUGUAUGUAUGUAGUAUCGUUGAGUUAGUAUCUCGUAACACAAGUCUCGAACUUACUUCGAGGCUAACUCAAUCUGUGUUAUUUGUAUAUAUUUAUUAUUUUUAUUUAUUUUUAUUUUUUUAUAUUAUGAUAGUUUUUAGGUGUCGUGUGGUUCCUGGCAUUGAAGAAUAGGACCACACCAUUUCUUACCCAUGGAUGUAGUAAAAGGCGACUACUUAUUAUAAGCGAAUUUAAUAAACGUAAAAGUCUUAGAAAGACAAAUAAAUUUGGAAUUUUUCAAUCUGUCACUAUUUGAACGCCAAUUCCAUUAUUAACAGUAUUUUCAAGUCUUGGCUCUGUCUACCCCGUAACUGAUUAAAACGUUAUUAUUUGUAUGCGUCUUAAACUUAUGUAUAUUAUGUAGAAUACCUAAUCUAUCUUUGUACAAAACCGCUGACUUUUUUACUUGGGAUGUUUUUUUGA